AUCUAGGAUGCCUGGAGCUUCACGUUCCUCUCUAACUCUAAGCAACGCCACGACUCCGUACAAAUUUGUUGAUAUUUUCCCGUGUUGGAGUUCCCUGUGUGUGUGCGCAGGAUAGCAGAGAGAAAGAGAGAGAGAGCGAGCUUGUGGCUCCUGAAGGUAUUGGUAACAUCAAGCAGUUAUGCAGAACCUCAUGCUGAAUGACCACACCAGCAGGGAAAUAUGUGCCUCCUCCCUAGGUCUACUGUGUGUGGAUGAUAUAACUGGUUCGAUCUAUCAUGUCAACACAGAAGGAAUCCAGCUUUUAACAACGGGUGAUGCUGGUGAUGCAUCAUUCAGUGGUGUUGUAUGGGGGGAUCAUGAGAUCCAUCCAGGGAACAUUGUCAAAGCUGAUGUUAUCACAGCCAACAGUGCAAUCUGUGCAGUUACCCAGGAAGGAGAUGUCAUCACCGUCAAUAAAGACACCCAGGAGGUUGAAGUUGUGGGUACUGUCUCUGCUGGCCUGGAGGCUGCUUGCUGGAGCCCUGACCAAGAACUUCUUAUCUUAGUGACUGGAGAAGCUAAUGUAGUAGUAAUGACAGCAGAUUUUGAUCCAAUUGUUGAAUUUUUCCUGAAUCAGGACGACUUUGGACAAAGUAAAUUCAUUAAUGUUGGUUGGGGAAAAAAGGAGACACAGUUUCAUGGUACAGAGGGUAAACAGGCAGCUAAAGUUGUGACACAGACAGUUAAUAAUAUAACAGCUUCUGAAUGGGACGAUCACAAACCAAGGAUCAGUUGGCGUGGCGACGGCCAGCUCUUUGUUGUAAGCUAUAUUGCACGGGACACACAGAGUCGGCGUCUUCGAAUAAUUAAUCGCGAGGGAAUCUUACAGUACACUAGUGAAGAUUUAAACGGGUUAGAACAAGUUCUUUCCUGGAAACCUGCAGGAAGUUUGAUCGCCUCCUCUCAGAGACUCGCCAAUAAGCAUGAGGUAGUAUUUUUUGAAAAGAAUGGCCUUAAGCAUGGAGAAUUUAAUUUGCCUUUUAAGCCCAAUGAGAUGCUUGUAAAUGAAGUUGCUUGGAAUCAAGAUUCUAGUGUUCUUUUGGUUUGGCUUAAGCCAAAGACUGUAACUGAGACUGUAGAUGGUCAAAUAACAAAGGAUAUAGUCCAGUUGUGGACAACUGGAAACUACCACUGGUAUUUAAAGCAGGAGCUAAGGUUUACAGAAGGCAUCAUUUAUUUAUGCUGGGAUAAUGUGAGCCCACUUUUGUUACAUUUACUUACUCACACUCGUCUCCAUUCUUACAGUUGGGUUACAGUGAACCACAUUUCUCGUGGAAUUGGUCCUCUUGAUCUUGCUCUAGUUGCAGUGAUUGAUGGCACAAAUUUACUUUUGACACCUUUCAGACAGUCGGUUGUGCCACCUCCAAUGUCAGCAUACAGAGUCACAUUCACAGAGCAGAUAAAUGCUGUAAUGUUCGCUCCAUCCAUAGUCAAAACCUGUGAAGCUUCACCAGAUAAUUCUCAGUGUGUGGAAGACUCAGGAUUUCUUGAGGCCUUUGAUCCUCCUGGUUGCAACAGCAACAAUCUUUGUGUUUUGCACGGAUCUGAAACUUUGACAUUCUUGACCCAAGCACACGCAAAUGACAUCUUGGAUGAUCAUGGCUGUAAUGUAAAGAUCACUGGAGCGGGAGGAAAUGGCUUCACUGUUAAGGUCAAGGUACAUCGAGUGAUUGCUCAACUUAAAAUAGAAUGGGACCAUGAAGAAAUUCCAAAGUCGGCAGAAAUUUCUCAGUUGUGCAAUUGGGUUUGGGUAGCAAAGAACACAAUUUUAGCAUGCUGCAAGAAUGAAGACAAUUGUUUGGUUUUUAUAAUUGAUCUUCAUUCCAUAGGAUCCGAGGCAGGACGAGUAUCAGUAAAGGCUAUAAUACCUGUAGAAGAAUCAGUAAUUAGUAUAGCGCCUUCUCCUGAUGGUGCAAUUGCUGUCCUCCAGCUUAUAUCUGGAGCACUACUUGUACUAAAUCUUCAGACGCAGGUGAUUGAGCCGUACACUGAAAAUCGAGAAGAAGUAAAGUUCCCUAGUGUAUGCCAGCAAGUUAGUCUUUGCCCAGUUGAUGAUGGAUCUGAAAUCAUUCCUCUGGGGUUGACUUCCAGGAAUCGUUUGUAUUGGGGAAAUAAUCAGCUCCUUGCAAAUUGUACAUCUUACCACAUUCAUGUUGAUCACUUACUAAUAACUACAACUAACCAUCUGCUUCAAAUAGUGCCACUCAUGAAAAAUGCCCUUAGUAAACUAGUUACUGGAAGUGCUGAGGUUGGUGGGGUUGUUGGGUUGCGGAGAGUAGAAAGAGGUUCUCGUAUUGUCACAGCUGUGCCUCAAGACACACGAGUAGUAAUGCAGAUGCCUCGUGGCAAUCUUGAAGUAGUUAGUCCCCGACCCCUAGCAGUUCACACUCUGAAGUUUCUCUUGAAUGAGCACAAGUAUCAUAAAGUAAUGGAUAUUAUUAGAAUUCAGCGGAUAGACUUGAAUCUCAUUUACGACCAUGACCCAGCAGAUUUUCUUGCUCAUGUUACUCACUUUGUUCAAAAUGUUGAUAACCCGCAUUGGAUAGACCUGUUUAUAGCUAGUCUGAGUGAGAUUGAUGUUACACAAACCAUGUACUCAUUCAACUACAGUAGUGGGCAGAAUAAAGGUUGCAAAAGUCAAGAGUUGGGAAGCAAGAUUGAUGUUGUCUGUAAAGCUGUUAGAGAGGCAAUGAUUGCUGUUGAUGAGGACAAGUUCCUUUUACCAAUUUUGACUACUUAUAUUAAAAUGACUCCCAGCCAGAUGGAUGUUGCUUUAAAGAAGAUUCAAGAAAUGAGGGAAGAAAAAGAUAAAAAGUUUAAAGUCUCUGCCGAUGAAGGAUUGAGACAUUUACUCUAUAUUGCUGAUGUCAAUGAGUUGUACAAUGUUGCACUUGGAACAUAUGACUUCGAUCUUGUUAUGAUGGUUGCAGAGAAGUCCCAAAAAGAUCCAAAAGAGUAUCUUCCCUUCCUGAAUGACCUUAAACAACUUGAAGAAAAUUAUCGAAGAUUUAAGAUCAAUGUCCACCUAAGACGGUUUCAGAAGGCCUUAGAAUGUUUGAGGGACACAGAUGAUCAUAAAGAAGAAUGUCUUAACCUGAUUGUGUCAGAACAUUUGUACAAGGAAGCUGUACAAAUAUUUCCUUCAUCUUCAGACAUGAACAAAGCUGUUUGUGAAAGAUACGGAAUGUAUCUCAUGUCAAAACAAUACUACAACGAAGCGGCAGUCAUGUACACACGUGCCGGUAAGCUUGACGAGGCUCUGCAUGCCUACCAGCAGGCUGGCAACUGGAAAAUGGUACUUGUUGUUGGGGCACAACUGAAGUUUAAUAAGGAGGAGAUGAAUGUUCUCUGUUACUCGCUUGUAGAAGCUCUUAAGAACUGGAACAAACAUGUAGAUGCUGCCUGGAUUUAUGAGGAAUACCUGAAAAAUGAAGAGGAGGCAUUGGAUUGCUUAGUAAAAGGCAAUCAGUGGGAAGAUGCACUGAGGGUGGCAUACAAAUAUAACCGCCCAGACCUUGUGGACACAAAUAUCAAGCCAGGUGCUCUAGAACAGUGGGUUUAUUAUUUGGCAGAUAUAGAGAGGCUUGACAGUACAUUUAAGCAGUACUGCUCUAGACUGGCUGUGGUGCGAGAGAAUAAGGAAAGGCAGCAUCUUGAUUUUUUGGAAGGAAAUGUUGAGGGUCAACUUGAUUCUGACCUCUAUUCAGACACGAGCACAGUGACAGGAAUUACCUAUUCUAGGAGUCUCGCCACUGGCUCCCGUGCCGGCACCUCUGCCUCUGGAAAAACAUAUCGCUCCACUAAAAACAAGAAGAAGUUAGAGAGGAAAAAAUUUAGCACAAAAGAGGGUAGUACACAUGAAGAUCUGGGCUUGGUCACUGCCCUGCAUGCAUUGUGUGUUACAGCAGAUAGUAUGGCUACAUCAGUCACCGCUCUGUGCACCACCUUGAUCACCUUCGGCUUCGAUGAAAAAGCCAUUCACCUUCAGACAAGUUUAUCGAAACUUCUGACAGAAAUAGAUAGGAAGAAAACCGAGAUCUGGCCGAUAGCUUCACCAAUAGAUGAGGAGCAGCUUGAGUUUGGACCGCAGUUGACAACUGAAGGAGUAGUCAAUCGAAUCAGGGGUGGUGGUGGUGGUGGUGGGGACACAACCUUUGUGGUUCAGCGUAUGAGAGAUCUGGAUCCUUAUCUUAGACAUGCUCCACAAGUGACCAGACCAUCCAGUUGGAGUUUGCACAUGCUGAGGCAUAAUAGAUAGGAGUAACAAAUUUUCCGUUAUUGAAUGGAAGUGCAGAAUUUGUUUUAGACCUGUGUGUGUUGUGAUACUAUUUGGAGUGUCAGGAAAAAGCUGAGUGCAUGAAUUUCAGAUUGCCAUCUCAAGAAAAUGUCUUAUGAAAGAAAAUAACUAAUGAAGUAAGUUAUGUUAUAAGGCCUUGAGGCAUUAUUAAAAAUUCUAGGCUAUGUUACAAAAUAAGAAAAACAAAUGUUAAAUUUCCAGCACAAGUGAUUGUAUAUAUUCAUAGUGGAAACCCAAUCUAGAUGGAAUUGCUGGAUUACCGAGUGAAAUUUCCUUCUAUUAGCCACCAGCUGGGUACAUAAACAAAGGCCUAAAUAACAAUUCUAACACAUGUAUUAUGCACAAAAUAUUUUAAGUAAGACUUUAUUUGUUGCACAUAACAACAUAUUUGUGUUUGAAGGGCCAAAUGGUGGCAAUCUGAAGCUAGCUCAACAUAGAUGAGUCACAUUUGUCUUAGGAGUCAUGAAUGGCAUACUCGGGUCCAGAGCCUGGCCCCUCCCCCGCCUUCAGAGACACAGGGAGCAGGGCACUGUUAUGAUCACCCUUAGUGAAAAAAUAUACAGAAAGUAAGUGAAGCCAUUCAAACAACUGCAAGAAUGGAAGCAGCUGCAAAUGAUUCACCUAAUAGCUAAAUCAAACCCACCUCAUUACAGCUGACCACCAACAGGUGGCAGCACCACUGGGAGCUGCCAAUUUCCAUGUCAUCAGAACCUUAGUCCUGUCUUUGAUGUCCUCGAAUGUGGACCACCUUGAGUAGCCAACUUUAGCGAGUCCCAUUUUUUCUAAGAUACAGUACUGGUAAUUCAAAAUUCAUUGUGUCGGGGGACAGGCAGCCAUACAGUACAUAUAUGUACAUAUAUGUACUGUAUAUACAUACAGUACAUGUUAGGCUUACCGGUAUAUCGAGGACCCCCCCCCCCAGGGUCCAAUUA